ACUGAUCUCUCGGCAAACUAGACCCAGACCUUCACUGACGUCUCUUCUGGAUUUCUGGCUUGGCACUUGUAUUGCUUGAUACAACCACUGCAAUUGGAGAACUAGGAUGGAAAACAUAUCCUUUAAAUGGGUGGGAUGCCAUAACAGAAAUGGAUGAAUACAAUCGCCCCAUCCAUACUUACCAGGUAUGCAACGUUAUGGAACCCAACCAGAACAACUGGCUUCGUACAAAUUGGAUCUCCCGUGAUGCAGCCCAGAAAAUUUAUGUGGAAAUGAAGUUUACACUGAGAGACUGCAACAGCAUUCCAUGGGUACUGGGGACAUGCAAAGAAACAUUUAACCUCUACUACCUGGAAUCAGAUGAAUCCCAUGGAAUUAAAUUCAAGCCAAACCAGUACAGUAAAAUUGAUACUAUCGCAGCUGAUGAGAGUUUUACCCAGAUGGAUUUGGGUGAUCGCAUCCUUAAACUGAACACAGAAGUUCGUGAGGUGGGACCAAUAAACAGGAAAGGAUUUUUUCUUGCCUUUCAAGAUAUUGGCGCGUGCAUUGCUUUGGUUUCUGUCCGUGUUUACUACAAAAAGUGUCCUUUCACUGUUCGGAAUUUGGCUAUGUUUCCUGACACUAUUCCAAGGGUUGAUUCUUCCUCUUUAGUGGAAGUACGAGGUUCGUGUGUGAAGAGUGCUGAGGAGCGGGACACUCCAAAGUUAUAUUGUGGAGCAGAUGGGGAUUGGCUUGUGCCUCUAGGACGAUGCAUCUGCAGUGUUGGUUAUGAAGAAAUAGAUGGUUCCUGCCAUGCUUGCAGAUCAGGAUUCUACAAAGCAUUUGCUGGAAAUAUAAAGUGUUCCAAAUGCCCCCCACACAGUCAAACCUUUGUGGAAGCAACAUCUGUGUGUCAGUGUGAAAAAGGUUUCUUUCGAGCUGAGAAGGAUCCACCAACUAUGGCAUGUACCCGCCCUCCUUCUGCUCCAAGGAAUGUUAUUUUUAACAUUAAUGAAACUGCUCUCAUGUUGGAAUGGAGCCCACCAAGUGACACAGGAGGGAGAAAAGACCUCACAUACAGUGUAAAUUGUAAGAAAUGUGGGUCUGAUGCCAGCCAGUGUGAGAUAUGUGGAGGAGGAAUCCGAUUCAUUCCAAGACAUACAGGACUAAUCAAUUCCUCAGUAACUGUGCUUGAUUUUGUGUCUCAUGUGAACUACACUUUUGAAAUAGAAGCCAUGAAUGGAGUCUCGGAAUUAAGUUUUUCACCCAAGGAGUUCACAGCUAUUACAAUUACCACUGAUCAGGAUGCACCCUCCUUGAUAGGUAUGGUCAGAAAGGACUGGGCUUCCCAAAACAGCAUUGCCCUCUCAUGGCAAGAGCCUGAUUUUCCUAAUGGAGCCAUUCUGGACUACGAGAUCAAGUACUAUGAGAAAGAGCAUGAGCAGCUCAGCUAUUCCUCCACAAGGUCAAAGGCUCCAAGUGUUAUCGUCACAGGUCUCAAACCAGCCACCAAGUACAUAUUUCAUAUCAGAGUCAGGACGGCAACAGGAUACAGCGGCUAUAGCCAGAAGUUUGAAUUUGAAACUGGAGAUGAAACUUCAGAUAUGGCAGCAGAACAGGGGCAGAUUCUUGUUAUUGCCACAGCUGCUGUUGGAGGAUUCACGCUCCUAGUCAUUCUCACUCUUUUCUUCCUCAUUACUGGAAGGUGCCAGUGGUAUAUAAAGGCAAAAAUGAAGUCUGAAGAAAAACGAAGAGCUCAUUUGCAAAAUGGACAUUUACGAUUCCCAGGAACCAAAACAUACAUUGAUCCAGACACAUAUGAAGACCCGUCACUUGCUGUUCAUGAAUUUGCUAAGGAGAUAGAUCCAUCACGAAUUCGUAUUGAGAGAGUUAUCGGGGCAGGUGAAUUUGGAGAAGUGUGCAGUGGUCGGCUGAAAACGCCUGGGAAAAGAGAGAUUCCAGUGGCCAUAAAAACUUUGAAAGGUGGAUAUGUCGACAGACAGAGGCGGGAUUUCCUACGAGAAGCUAGUAUAAUGGGACAGUUUGAUCACCCAAAUAUUAUCCGCCUGGAAGGAGUUGUUACAAAAAGCAGACCAGUAAUGAUUGUGGUUGAAUACAUGGAGAAUGGAUCCCUUGACUCCUUUUUACGGAAGCAUGAUGGCCACUUCACAGUUAUCCAGCUAGUUGGCAUGCUACGUGGAAUUGCUUCUGGCAUGAAAUAUCUCUCAGAAAUGGGCUAUGUACAUCGAGACUUGGCAGCUCGGAAUAUUUUGGUCAACAGUAAUCUCAUGUGUAAAGUCUCUGAUUUUGGAUUAUCACGGGUAUUAGAGGAUGAUCCUGAAGCAGCUUAUACAACAAGUGGUGGAAAGAUUCCCAUCAGAUGGACAGCUCCUGAAGCUAUAGCCUACAGGAAGUUCUCUUCAGCAAGCGAUACAUGGAGUUAUGGGAUUGUCAUGUGGGAAGUAAUGUCAUAUGGAGAAAGACCAUAUUGGGAAAUGUCUAACCAGGAUGUCAUUCUAUCCAUAGAAGAAGGCUACAGGCUUCCAGCUCCCAUGGGCUGCCCAGCUUCUCUCCAUCAACUAAUGCUUCAUUGCUGGCAAAAGGAGAGAAACCACCGGCCAAAGUUCACCGACAUUGUCAGCUUCCUAGACAAAUUGAUACGCAACCCCAGUUCUCUUCAUACUCUAGUGGAGGAUGUACUUGUAAUGCCAGAUUCACCUGGUGAAGUUCCCGAAUACCCUUUCUUUGUAUCAGUCAGUGAUUGGCUGGACUCAAUAAAAAUGGGCCAAUACAAAAAUAACUUCAUGGCAGCAGGGUAUACAACUAUGGAUCUUGUUUCAAGAAUGAGCAUUGAUGACAUUAGAAGAAUUGGUGUUGUACUUAUUGGACACCAGAGACGAAUAGUGAGCAGUUUACAGACUUUCCGAUUACACAUGAUGCACAUACAGGAGAAAGGAUUCCAUGUAUGAAAGUUCUAGAAUCGACUAUGUUUUGUGCCUCAGCAUUUUUUAAAUGGAAGAUAUUCUCAUUCCUCCUUUCUGCUCUUCCCAGCUUCAAGAAUUGAAACUUCCUAUUCAUACUAUAAACACAUAAUGUUUAUGUUAAUACUUCCAACUUGAAAUUUUUAACCACACUGCAUAGUUCCUCCCUCAGUUAACUGCCAAUAAUCCUGGCGCACUGCAAGACUGUUGCUACACAAUGGUGAACAGCUCAGCAUGGAUGUAUAACUUUGUAUAACAGUAAAGUAUUUGGAAAACUUUCAUUGACUUCUUUGAAAGUUAAAGCCUUCUGAGGCAUUGGAGUGGCUACCUUCUUGAUGUGUUAGACUAUGAUGAUAGUUUUUUUAAAAAAAGUAAUUGACAUUUCUUCUCAUGUUUUGUGACCAUUUAGCUUCCAAUAUACAAUGUGCAAUCAGAGAAAGAGUUGGACAUAAAUAUUUAUUUUACUGUUAAUGGGAAAUUACAAAUGUAUGGGUUGUAUUGUAUUAUUUACUUUGUAACAGUUCAAUUGCUGGUGUGCUGGUAUGCAAGUUGUAAGAAUUCUUGGCCAGGAUGAACAAUGACAACUUACAGUGAAUACUUUGUGCGUGUCUGAAGAGGUUGAAAUGGAUGAUUUGAGAGAAUGAUAAUAUCACAUUUUUGUGAUGCUUUGUGUUUUCCUUAAAUACAUUUAAUUCGCUUGGAAACCAGGUUCCUUUACCCCAGACUUCGCCAAGCUGGUACCCUCUAGAUAUUUUAGACCACAUCUUCCAUCAGUCAGUCAGAUUUUUUUAUUGGUUGUAGCCAAUAGCCAUUACAAUAAGAAUCACAACUCCCAGUAGCCCUGGGGUCGAUGGGAGUUGUAAUCCAAAACAUCUAGAAAGCACCAGCUUGGCAAAGACUGCAUUACCCUAAUCUAGUGUAACUGGUAAAAUUAUUAUUUAUUAAUUAAUCAAAAUUGUAUCCUGCCCUUCCUCUCAGUAAAAAAUUAAUUAUUUGCUAGUUUUACUGUUACUCAUUUUUAAAUUGUCUGUAUAUGCCUCAACUACAUACUGAACUAUCCCCAGAAAGAUUGUUUUAAGCAAUAUGCAAUGCAUAAUAGUUGUCUGCUAUUCUGUACAAUGCAGUUUUGCAGACUUUGUAAUUAUAAAUUUAUACAUGCUGCAAAACGAAAUACUUGCUAUAUUUGCAUAUGAAAAUUCUUAACUAUCACAGUUUUGUGGCAUACUUAUUCUACUGUAGGCCAGCCAUUUUUUUAAUUUAAAAAAAAUAAAAAUGCAAUUUUUCCAAAUAUAAUUUCAUGAAAAAUGUUAAUUUUACUCCAAUAUUUGUUCUGUCUUGGGGAUAUUUUCAGUUUUCCCUGCUUUGUCAAGUUUUCCAAUCAGUACAAGUGGGAGAGCAUUCUAGUGAUGGCAUUAUUUUCAAAUACGAUCGUACUUUUAUCCAUUAAUGGUCAAUGUGCUAGACUAACCAAUGUGACCCAUUAACACAGUCAAGAAAUGUCUAUUUGAGAGGUAAACCAGGCUGAUAUAUAGGAAUCUGAGUAAGUGAUCUGGUGGUGCUCAUUAACUUAGCCAUCUUAACUGAUAUCUUAGAUAAGUUAGUCCUUGCAGUUACAAAUGUUAAUAGCCAUAAAAUAUACUGAAAGACGAUACUCUAAAAUAUCUGUACCUCUACAAAAAAAAUGUCAUUGAUCUCUUGGGCUACAUCAUCCAAAUUCUGCAUGGGAUAUAUGCCACCAUGUACCAAAAAUGAGCACAUCUGCAUGCUCUGAAAACCAGCAAAAUUACACAUAUGCCACAUAUAGGGACAGUACAAUGCAUUUAUACAGUUAUGUGAAGCAACACUAUAUCUGAGCAUUUCUGAUUCACACUUUAAGAAUGGAUAUGGGCAGCACUUAAACUAAGGAGAUUUGACAUGAAUUAACUAUACAUGAGUUUCAUAAUUAUUAAAAACUUAUAAUUCGUUUAAAGAAUAAAGAUCCUGAAAAAGGCAUCUUGUGUGUGUCAGACAAACCAACAAACAUAGGAAAAAGAACCUGGAAAGCUUAUCCUUUUCUCUAGUUUUGGUUCUAUUUGGCUUGCCAUGCAAUUGUUUUUUCUUUGUAUAACUGGAUUUCAUUGUAACUUGGCUGUGAAUCAAACUACUUUUUAAGCCCUUCUCAAUCAACCAGCCCAGUUUUUUUAAAGAUAUGAAAUCAGUGGGAAUAUUUUAUUAUAUGUGUCACUACUUUGACCAUGCACUUAGUGGAUGCUAAUAUUUUCAGCCAACUAAAAUUUGAAUUCAUUCCAGCCGAUUCAAGUUAACUUCCUGUGUGCAAGCUCCUGCCCCCCUCAGUGUGUCAGGUCUUGUUUGCAGGAUUGGAAGAAGCAUACUUUGCUUCAUGUAUUUCAAAAUUAUUUAUGAAAAAUGCUUAUUUUUUUUUGUGGGGGGUUUCCUCUUAAUCUCUUAAGGAAAAAGCAGCCAUACAAAUUGUAAUUUUUAAAAGUUCAGCCUCAUGUUUAAAAGAAGGCUUUCCUUUUCUGUUUAGCUUUUCCCCUUGCCUGCCAAACCUUUGGUGCCCAUCAUUGUGCCAGUCUAGUAGGUUCGCCAGCAAUCUUUUGAAGAUUUUGAAAUACCCAGACUGUGGCCUAGUUAACACAAGCAAAAAGCCAUGUGCUGGCCACUUUUAAAGCAACUAUGAAGAGGCUUCUCUUUCCAGUGAGCUACUUGUGUCCAGCUGCUCACCGCACAGGUUCACCAUAUCACAGCAACUCUUUUUUAUGGUUUGUAGUAGCAUGAUCCCCAAAGCAAGCAGCUACCUAUGAAUUGCUGACUAGAUGGAGCAGUCUUCACAUGGUUGCUUUUAAAGUAGCCAUGAAGUGGUACUUGUUGGGAAAGUCUAUGUAGAUGUUUGUGAGGUGCCAAAAGACAACUGCCAGGAGAGCCAUUUACAAAGGCACAAAUCCCUUUGUUUAGCAACCUGUAUUGUAACAUAGCUAGUUUUUUUGAGAUUGGUUUGUUUGUUUUAAAUAGAUUCCUAUUAACACAACAAAUGUUCUUAAAAUGCACUCCUUUUUUUACAAUGUAAUCCCAAAUAUAUCUGAACUGGUGCCCCUGCCAAAUGCAUUGUUGUUUCUGUAUUCAGCUGGUAGUACUUGACAUUUGAAGGGAACUUGCAGAGGUGUGCCUGCAGCAACAUCCUGCACAUGUCCCCUAUAAAAGUUCUGCUGUGAAAAUCACAUGCAGAAGUUCCAGCUGAAUGCAGAAGUGGCUCUGCAUUUAGCUGGGUGUACAUCUUAAGGCACUGAGUGGAAUGGCCUUACUUUCAAGUAAAUGCGUUAAAACUCAUUUUCAAAUGACUAUUUGCAAUCACUCAACAUUUAUUAAAACUGUAUGAAGAAGCCCUUUCUCCAAUGUACAUCUCUGUACCUUUCCAUUCGUAUGGCUGAAAAGAUGUGUGUUUCAUAUUCAUCAAUCUAGGGACAAUUUCUUUCUAAGUUUAUCACUCUAUCAAAAUAUAUAUUUUCAAUCGAAAAAGAUAGGAAAAAUCACAGUAUAAACAUUUAUUAAAUAUAUUUUUAUAAUAAUAAGCAUCUAAAGAAAGUGGAAAGAAAUUAUGUGGGAAUUGUUUUAGUAACUUAACUUGGUUAAAAAUCUUCUGAAUUUCAUUGCAAUCUAUGAAUAGUUUUUAGUUGUUUUGGUUCUCCUCUUGCCCCCUUGUUUUACUGUGUAACUUUUUCUUUCUAACCCUAAUUUUCAUAAUCCAAAAUACAAUUUCCAAGUUUUAGGAGCUGUGUUCUAGGAGGCCAUUUUGGGCAUGUCAUAUGUUUGUUCUCAGAUAGGAAGACACUUCUGUAACUAUAAGGUAUGAUGCAAAUAUUUGUCUCCUCAAGUAUGUGAACAUUUCCACAAGAAUGAUAUAUAUGGACUUUAAAUGUGUAAAAACUGCUUCCCUCUUCCACUCAAACUAAGAUUUUCCACAUACUUAGAAAUAAAUUAGAUAUGCCUAUAUUUUCUUGAAAACAGAGACGGGUCAAUACCUUAGGAGGAAAACAUACUUUGUUAAAAUACACUGAAAAUAGGAAUAUAACAGAGGUCAAUUUUUAAAAAUUAAAAUAAAUUGUGAGAAUAGGAUACAUUUUAUCUUUUAUGAUGGACUGUAACGUGGUGGCAUAAAGUACUGAGCAAGGCUCUGCCCUAACCAAAUCCCUCCGUAUGAGUGUUUGCCAGUGUGCAUGUGGAGCUUCUGCAUGAGAAGGCUUCUAUAUUAUAGUCAUUUGUUUUUGUACACAGAGCUUCCACCUCCACUGACUGGACAAAAGAAUCCUUUGUGGGAAUUGAAGCUAGGUAUCUACACCAAUAACAAAUCAUUAGAUUAGGGAGACUUUUCACACAAAGGACAAAGUAAUUGGCAUAGAAAUUAUCACAUGCUUUAUUCUCCUUUAACUGGGGAGCACACAGUUCCUUUUGAUUAAAAACUCUUUAGUGUUAUUCUGGAGAUCUUGACUUGGACCAACUACCGUAUAUCUUUAAAGUGCAUAUUUUAUUAGUAUUAUUAAACUAACUGUGGAGUUACAUUUUAUCAUUUGCCUCUUAGAAAAUUACUAAACUAUUUGUAAACAUGACAAUAUCCUUCCCUGCGCUUAACAGUGUUCUAGUUCCCCCUCCCCGACCUGAGCACAUGUGUAAGUAUCAUGGCAGGCCUAUGGAAAAUGGAAAAUAGGUGUGUGUGUUCUGUCCAGGUCUCUGCUACAUACUUUGCAUGCAGAAGAUCCUAGGGUGAAUCCCUGGCAUCUCCAGUUAAAAGGAACAGUCAGCAGAUGAUGUGAAAGACGCUACCUGAAGAGCUACCAUCAGAGAAGGCAAUAAUAGGCUAGAUGGAUCUGACUGGCACAUAAGACAAUCUCUUAUGAAUUGUGGCUCUUGAAAGUAGUGAUGAUGUGAUGAACCCUUUUUUUUCUAGUGACCAAUGUUCUUUCCCAUUCUACUUUGUAAAUUCCCAUUUUCGGCCAUUUUUCACAUUACAGUACUUUUAGUUUAAUUAUCAUAAGUAGUGCUGCAUAUCCAUUUACUCUAUAAGCUGGACACAAACUAUAGAGCCGCCUCCUCAACAGAUGUAGACCUUAAGAAUUUCUCACUGAUAUAUAUAGUGGCCUUCAUUUUGCACAAAGUUAUUUAGAUGAAGUCUAAUUGUGGUAGCUUAAGCAUUGGUUGCCUUUGAUUGAAAUUAAAUCAAGAGCUGAUUUUUGCAAAGUGUCACAGAACUGAUUAACUCUGACUUCCACCAGAGACUACAUCUUGACUACAAGGAAAGAUUGGUUCAAGGUCUAUGCAAGCUUCUGUUUUAUAUUAACUGGGCUGCCCUCUACUCCUGUACCCAGAAUUGUUAUCACUACCAUCUUCUAUAGCAUCUUUUUGUGCACUUGAAAUCAGAUCUAAAAGGAUGAUUAGUACAUUAAGACCUUGCUGGAUCAGGGUGAAUGGAUUUAGGCAUCUAUUGGUUAAUUCAAAUAAUUCUUAAAUAGCUGGUGUGUGUCUUGAAGGGAAUGAUCCACAAAGUUUAUUCUUCAGCCACUCUGUAACAUUCAUGUGUAUUUCAGUUAUACUUUGGUCUGAAGCAUUUGAAGACUAGCAUGUAUGUUUUAAAGUUCACAUAACAUUUUGAUUAAUACUAACAUCCUGCCUUAUUAUCUUAAAAUGCAACUUCAUUUUUUUUUUAAUGAGAAGUAACCUCAUCUGCUGGCCUGGCAUGUAUUAGCUCUUCUUAUUUGCAGGUGCUGAAUGACACUAAAUACAUUAAAAGAGCAUUCAAAGUGUAUUCCUUCCACUAUUAUUUCAUUUGACCAAUUUAUACAAGUGCUAUUCAAAUGUUAUUGAAUCAUGAAUAGGUAACACAUGAGGAACGAUAUAAUGCAAUAAACAAAUGUUAAGAGCAGCAAAAUAUUUUAUAGUGUUCUCAGAUGUUGUCUGAUAGGAAUCACAUCUUUCCCCUCCACAAAAGAUAUUAGUAUGGAAAAACAAGAUGUAUUAAAUGUUAGUAUUGUAUUCCAAAAAAAAAAAAUCAGUAAUGUGGGCAUGCCUUUAAAUAAAUUACACUAAAUACUAGGAGAGUUUUAAAGCUUGCUUUAAUAUUAAAAAUUAUACCAAUCCAUGUGAACAAUAGCUCUUUUGUUCAGUGUGCACCAUCUCUGAGCUUUCUCAGUUCAACUUCUGUUAUUCAGACAAGCACACCAUCAACUUUUUAUAAAUGUA